AUCAUGUUAUAGGUUGACAGCAGUGUUGAACAAACCAUGUCUGUGGAAGAGGUCACUGAAGAGGCACUGAAGCUGUCAGACGUCCUUCAAAAUGCAAUCAAAAACAGUGACCUCAAACAAAGACAAUUAAAAAAUAAAAAUAAAGAGAAGGCCACCAACAUCUUCAAGAUAGGGAUGAAAGUGUGGAGGUUAAAUGUGAGGAGCCAGCAGAGGAAAGGGGGGAAAUUGGAUCCACAACUCCUUGGACCUUACAUAAUCUCCACUAUCCAGGGAAAAAGUGUUGAUCUUGUGGACAGCCGGGGAGUGGUGUUCCCCAAAAUAAAUUUUGAUCACCUAGCUCGGUACAUAGAGGAGAAGCCUAGGGUUCCACAUAAGUGCGCUGUUCCAUCCUCCACUGUGCCCCCCUCCACCUCAACUGUGUCGACAUCCCCUGUGCCCCCCUCCACCUCAACUGCCCACUUCCCCUGUGCCCCCCUCCACCUCAACUGUGCCCACUUCCCCUGUGCCCCCCUCCACCUCAACUGUGCCCACUUCCCCUGUGCCCCCCUCCACUUCCCCUGUGCCCCCCUCCACUUCCACUGUGCCCCCCUCCACUUCCACUGUGCCCCCCUCCACCUCAACUGUGCCCCCCUCCAUCUCAACUGUGCUCCCCUCCACUGUUCCCCGCUCCACCUCAACUAUGCCCUCCUUCAAAAAGAACAGUGAAGUGGUCAUUGCAGUCAUUGAAUCACCUGACAAGACUGACAAGUUCAUUCUUCGCCAGAGUGAAUUCAAUUCUCUAGCACCACACAAGUGGCUGCUGGGCGAGACAAUUGAGUGCUACCUCAGAGCCAUGCUGAAUGUGAAAGGGUUAGGGAAAAGAAUAUAUAUCCUCAACCACUAUUCUGCCGGAGUCAUAGUCUUUGGAGCACGGUCUGCCAUGGCCAAUCACUCAUUACGCAAGGUAAAAAUGCUAAAAUUGUAUCAAAGCUAACAUUAUUAAACAUUUAGAAGAUGAAAAUCUCUCUAAAAUAUGUUUGUUAAUAAUUGCUGUUACA